AUGUCUAUCUCCGUCUCAGUUCCAUCCACCUCCCUCCGACGCGAUUCCGACUCCGAUCCUCUGUUGGCUUCCAGCAAUCAGGAUGAAGAUGCUGCCUCAUUCAACAAGACUGCAUGUCACAAGAGAAGAUAUUCUAUGAAGUCUGUCAGUUGCUUCGGCGUACAAUUAACUCCCGACACAAUUGCUGUAGCCAUGGUAUAUUUUGUUCAAGGGGUUUUGGGCCUAUCCAGGCUAGCAGUCAAUUUCUAUUUGAAAGAUGAACUGCAUCUUGAUCCUGCAGAGACAGCCAUCAUAUCUGGUGUAUCGUCUUUACCUUGGCUUGUCAAACCAUUGUAUGGGUUCAUCAGUGAUUCCUUUCCACUCUGUGGCUAUCGAAGGAGGUCAUAUUUGGUAUUGUCUGGACUCUUAGGAGCGUUCUCAUGGAGUUUGAUGGCUACCAUUGUCGACAGCAAGUAUGGCGUUGCCUUUUGCAUACUUCUAGGAUCUCUCUCAGUUGCUUUUUCUGAUGUAGUUGUCGACUCUAUGGUUGUGGAGAGGGCGCGUGGUGAAUCACAAACUGUGUCUGGUUCGCUUCAGUCUUUAUGCUGGGGUUCUUCUGCUUUUGGUGGUAUUGUAAGCUCCUACUUCAGUGGCUCCUUGGUGGGUGCUUAUGGUGUGAGAGGACUUAAUAUUCUGUUGGACUCUACUGCCUGUGUAGGAAGCUCGAAAAAUAGCUUAAUUCAAUUAUGGGAUGCCGUAAAGCAACCCAAUGUGUUUCUUCCUACCUUAUUUAUCUUCUUGUGGCAAGCAACACCACAGUCUGAUUCUGCCAUGUUUUAUUUCAUUACAAAUAAACUUGGAUUUACCCCUGAAUUUCUGGGACGCGUGAAACUUGUCACUUCCAUUGCGUCACUGGUCGGUGUUGGGUUUUAUAACGGGUUCUUGAAAGGUGUUCGUUUGAGGAAGAUAUUUCUGGUGACUACUGUUAUCGGUUCAGUUCUUGGGAUGACUCAAGUUAUCCUCGUCACUGGAUUGAAUCGGAAGUUUGGCAUAAGCGACGAGUGGUUCGCAAUUGGCGACUCCUUGAUUUUAACAGUUCUUGGCCAGGUUUCAUUCAUGCCUGUUCUAGUCUUAGCGGCAAAGCUAUGCCCAGAAGGCAUGGAGGCGACUCUGUUUGCGACCCUAAUGUCGAUUUCCAAUGGUGGUAGUGUCCUCGGGGGUCUAAUAGGAGCCGGCCUAACUCGAUUAUUUGGCGUCACAAAGGAUAAAUUUGACAGUUUAACUUUUCUGAUAAUCCUUUGCAAUCUCAGCUCAUUGCUGCCUUUGCCUCUACUCGGCCUCCUUCCCGAAAAUACAGCUGACGACGACAGUGAUAUUGAAAUGAAAUUUAACUAA